AUCCGACAUCAGGCUCAUAUCUAUGUGAAGGCAUAUGUUUGCCGGUGCUGCAGAGUUCCAGUAUCUGCAUUUAGUUAUUUGAAUUACAGAAAUUUUCAAUGUAGAAGAUUUCUUUGCGGCUGUGAUUUUCCGUCGGUGUGGUGGAUAUGAUACAGCUGGCCUAAUUACAAAGGGGGCUGAAUCUGCCCAUUCCUGUCCUGCCUCGAGCCAAGUGUCAGUAUGGAUGAAGAAUCCCUUGAGACAGCCAUUGCCACCUAUAGUGCCCAGUUACAGCAGGUGGAGACAGCCCUCUCUGCUGGCCUGGACCCCACCCAACACUCAGACUUGCUCAAACUGAAAGAAGAUCUCUGCCAGUUGAUAGAGCUUACUGAGGCCAGCCUGGUGUCUGUCAGAAAAAGUAAGCUGCUGGCCAGCCUCGAGGAAAGUAGCAGAGUGCAGGUGAACACCUCAGAGGCAGCAGCUGAUACAAACAGUGCAAACGGCACUUUGGAUACUGAGUUUGCUGCUUUCUACUCUGAACUUGGGGAGUCUUCGGGUAGUAGCUCGGAUUCCAAAGAAAGGAUUAAGGAAGGGGAAAGUGGGGUAGUGGAUUAUGAAGAAGGAGAGGGAGAAGAAGAGGAGGAGGAAGAAGAUGAUGUACUUAGUGGUACCAAAGUAAGAGCACCAUACCGGACAACAUGGGGAACACUGGAGUAUCAUAAUGCCAUGGUGGUGGGGGCAGAACCGCCAGAUGGAGAUGAGGCACAAGUGAGAGUGCUCUACGUCUACCCCACCCAGAAGUCUAUGAAACCUUGCCCAUUCUACCUAGAGGAUAAAUGCCGCUUUCAGGAUAACUGCAGGUUUUCUCACGGUGAGGUGGUCUAUGUGUCAGAGCUCAGAGAGUUCCUAGACUUCGACCUCAGUAAUCUUGAAGAAGGCUCGUCUUGCUUGGCUCGCCAUGAGGACGGUAUCUGGUACCCAGGCAAAAUAAAAGAAAUUGACAGCGGUUUCUACACUGUGAAACUUGACUCACUGCUGCUUAAAGAUGUUGUGGUUGAGGCCGAUGGUGUUAUCCCACCUUUGAGGGAAGAAGACCCGCUCUCCUCUGACUCUGACUUGGAUGACAUUGAUGAUGGAGAUACUAUGGGAUAUGCAAAAGUUUUAGACUCUGCUGUGGAACCCACAGAAACGUCAAGCAGUGCUAGUUUUGGUGGCUGGGAGGCACAUACCAGGGGCAUUGGAUCCAAGCUUAUGCUUAAAAUGGGCUAUGAAUAUGGAAAAGGCUUGGGAAAGCUACAGGAAGGUAGAGUGGAGCCAGUGAUGGCAGUGGUCCUGCCCAAAGGUAAGUCUCUGGACCAGUGUGCUGAGCUCACCCAGAGACGCACCCAGAGCAAGGCUGCCAAAGAUGGCACACAAACAGGCCGUCCGAAGCGACGAAGAAAACCUCGCGUCGCCACCGGAGGGGGCCGCACCGUUUUUGACUUUCUCAACCACAAGCUUGGAGGCAAGACCGCUCAUCCUCCCGAGGGGGGUGCUGUUGCACCUUCAGCAGCAACAGGAGUGGAGGCUUACAGGGGAGGAAAAAGCACCAAGAGGAAUCUGAAUGUGAGGCUGUUCCAGGCUGCUGAGAGGGUGUCCCAGACUGAGAGGGAGAUCCAAAAACUGAGUGAGUCACUCAGCAGGCAGGCAGGCAGGGACCCAUCCAUACUGAAGCAGUUGGAGGAGAAGCUGUCAGCGGCACGCCGGCUGCUGGCCCAGCAGAAAGCCCAGGAGCUGUCCAUCCAGAGAGAACACAGGAAGGCUGAUACACACAAGAAGAUGACUGAAUUCUAAGCUCAGCUCAUUGAGCUCAGGAUGAAGGGAAGCUCUGCUUGCCUGGAAUGAACUUUUGCUCCUUCCCUGUUGUCAGUUUUUUCUGCUACACUGUAUUUUUUUUUUUUGUUUCUCACCAGCAUCUUUUGAUGCAGAAUGAAUUUGCUGCUCUUCUUUUAUUUUUAAGUGCUGGAGGAUUAUUUUCUCAGAAUUGAUGUUUCUUUAACGUCCAGCUAUAGAUGUCUCAAUAAUGUUCGAAAAUGUUUUUCAUUUUUUAAUGAACGUUUGUUUUUCUAGGUGUAUUUUAUUUUUCACCCAAACUAAAAAGCUCGUUUGGAGAACCCGUUUUGCACUUUGGUUUGUUUUUAUGCACACACU